AUGUCAGCGCUGGUAUCCACUGAUGGAGAAGUGGCACAGUUUUCUGUGUGGGAUUAUGUGGUUUUUGUAGUAAUUUUAUUGGUUGCUGCAGCAGUUGGCAUUGUUCAAGCAUUUAUUGGAAAAGGUCAGAAUACCAGCAGAGACUUUCUGCUGGGGGGCCGGCAGAUGACUGCUUUACCUGUUGCCCUCUCACUGACUGCUAGCUUUAUGUCUGGCAUCACUGUGAUUGGAACACCAUCUGAAGCAUAUCGGUUUGGUGUAGGCUUUUGGCUUUUUGCUUUUGCCUACUGCAUCAUGUCUGCUGUUACUGCUGAAAUAUAUCUUCCUGUGUUUUACAGACUUGGAAUCACAAGUACAUAUGAGUAUUUACAAAUGCGGUACAACACAUGCGUCCGCUUGGUUGCAACGACCAUAUAUAUCUUUCAAACAGCCAUCUACACAGGAAUGGUCAUCUAUGCACCAGCACUUGCACUUAAUCAGAUCACUGGACUGGAUCUUUGGGGAGUUUUAGUAGCAACAGGUGUUGUCUGUACACUAUACUGCACAGUGGGUGGCCUAAAAGCUGUAAUAUGGACGGAUGUGUUUCAAAUGGUGAUAAUGCUUACUGGAUUUGCGAUAGUCAUUAUCAGAGGAUCAGUUCUACAAGGCGGCUUCCAAAACAUUUGGAAUAUUUCUUACUACGGUGGAAGACUAGAAGCAUGGGAUUUUGAUGUAGAUCCCUUAAAACGUCACACAUUUUGGUCAGUUGUAGUCAGAGGAAGUUUUAUGUGGACAGCUGUUUAUUCUGCGAAUCAGUCUCAAGUUCAAAGAUACAUAGCCUGCAAAAGUCAGAAUGAAGCUAAACUGUCUCUUUAUUAUAACAUGUUUGGCCUUGUGCUCACAGUUUCUCUUGCCAUGUUGACCGGAUUAACGAUGUACUCUUUUUAUCAUGACUGUGAUCCACUAAGAGCAAAACGAGUUGGGGCAGCUGAUCAGCUGCUGCCAUACCUUGUAAUGGACAUUUUAGGUGAUUAUCCUGGACUGCCUGGGCUGUUUGUUGCAGCUGCAUACAGUGGGACACUAAGCACAGUGUCUUCAAGUAUAAAUGCCCUCACAGCAGUGACUUUGGAGGAUUGUAUCAAGCCAUGCCUUUCAUCAACAUCUAUCAGUGAACGAAAACUGUCCUGGAUAUCAAAAGUGCUCAGUAUAGUUUAUGGCGCAAUUUGCAUUGGAAUGGCUGGAUUAUCAUCCUUAAUGGGAAGCAUUUUACAGGCAGCAUUGUCUCUCUUAGGAAUGAUUGGUGGACCUUUCCUUGGACUCUUCUCUUUAGGCAUGUUUUUACCAUGGAGUAAUGCUACUGGUGCACUAACUGGUUUUCUUGGUGGCCUUAUAAUCACUCUUUGGGUCGGAAUUGGAGGUCAGCUCUAUCCCCCACCACAACACAAAACCAGACCUUUACCACUGAGUACAGCUGGGUGCGUCUUUAAUAUAACACAUACCCAGGCUCCAGUAACAAACACUGCAUGGACAACAUGGGGUACCCCCUCCUCUCAAAAAUAUGCUAUAGAGAAACCAGCAAUUGCAGACUCAUGGUAUUCAUUAUCCUAUCUCUUCUUAACCCCAGUUGGAUUUUUGUCGACCAUGAUCUUGGGCCUUAUAGUCAGCUUAAUGGCAGCUGUAGUUAAAACAGAGACCAGCGUUAUACUUACACAACAAUCCUUCCUUACUGAUGUCACAGGAAGUAUCUUGUGGGACACUCCUGUUCUCCAUAUCAAACACAAGUCUGCCUUCAAUUAA